AUGAUGAAUCAGAGUACAGUGGCACGAUUUAUCCUAAAGGGUUUCUCAGACAUCCCUGCAGUGAACGCUGUAUGCACAGGUAUUUUUCUGAUCAUUUACAUUUGUGGGCUUUUGUGGAAUAUCUCUGUCAUCACGGUGAUUAUCAAAGAUAGCCACCUUCGUACACCCAUGUAUUUCUUCCUAAAGAAUUUGUCCUUCUUGGAUGUGUGCUAUACUUCGGUCACCAUGCCCAAAGCCAUUGCCAAUGCCAUCUUGGGUUCUGAGGAUAUUUCUCUUCCAGAGUGUGUUGUUCAGCUCUACCUGUUUUUCGCCCUGGCCGCCACUGAAUGCUUCUUGCUCACUGCGAUGGCCUAUGACCGCUGUAUGGCCAUCUACAGGCCCCUUCUCUAUGGGGUGUCAAUGAAUAAGAAAGUCUGCUGGGAGCUGGUUUCCUCCGCCUGGAUCUGUGGUGCUCUCUACUCCAUUUUACACACCAUCAAUACCUUCUCCCUCCCCUUCUGUGGACCUAACGUCAUUGAUCACUUUUUCUGUGACAUUCCUGCUGUCAUGAGGCUCUCCUGUGCUGACUACCAUGCAAAUGAAGAAUUGAGUUUUAUAUACUCAAGCUGCAUCAUCAUGGGAGCCUUUGCUCUCACCCUAAUCUCCUACAUGUGUGUUAUCUCCACCAUCGCCAAGAUCCAGCAUGUGCAGGGCCGCUGGAAAGCCUUCUCCACCUGCUCUUCUCACGUGACCUCCGUUCUCCUGUUCUACGGAACUGGAAGCUCCAUGUACCUGGCACCUACCUCCAACUAUUCUCCUAUCCAAGGGCGGUUGGCUGCUCUGUUUUACUCCAUCAUCACACCCACCUUGAACCCUGUCAUUUAUUGUCUGAGGAAUAAAGAAAUGAAAGUAGCUCUUACGAAAGUGUACCAUCAAAUCCAGAGAAGAAACUGA